AGCACUGACCACCUGGCAUCCUCCACACCUGCACAUACACCUCUCGUUACGCCGCCGGACCAACACCUCCACACACCUCCCCAGAUGCCGUGCCGCGUGGAUGCCACCUGCGUUAAGGCGCUCCUCCUCGCUCUGGUGACCCUCACUGCCUGCAUCACCCCAGCCACCUCCCAGAUUCACUGGAACCGCGGGUGGGGGGCAGGAGGCUCCAUGGGCAAGAGGUCGUCGUCAGCAGCAGCAUCUUCGACAUCGCCCAUAGAGGGAGGUCCAGCAGGGGACAACGAGGUGGUUCUCAGUCCUGAAUGUAGCCUCGACCUGACCUACAUCUCCAGCCUCCUCGCUAAGAUCAUCGAGAGUGAAGUGUCGAGGAUGGCGACGUGUGAGGUGCGGGGUCGGUCGGUGGGGUCGUCGACGAUGAUGACUGGAGAGCAAGACCAGCUUGCGCGCUACCCCUUUUGGAUGGCGAUGAGGAAGGCGCCCACUACCGACCAGUAAUGCCCACAACACGCACCAAGACCCUCGAUCUCUCUUUACUUUCCCACACGCCCCUCCUUCAAGACUCCUCUGCCACGCUACGUGUCUCAGGUCUCCGCUGUCACUACUAUUUACUAUUACCACUUAGGGCAACCGAUAACCUCCGCACAUUGUGAUAUACCACUUUUGGCAUUUGUGUUUUAAGUGUAUUCACGAAGGGUAGUGAAAGGCUCCUGUCUCCUCCCGUCGCUAAGCCCGCAGGUACAGCCGCUCCACUACGAGUAAACAAACGAGUCUAUUAGUCCCUCUUGUUUCAGUGAAACAGUAUAAAUAGAGUAACACGCGAGAAUGAAGAGGAUCAAACUCCAGAGUGCAACUGUAUCUCAGAUUCAACGUUGGAGUGGCUGAACUCUGCUGUUGAAAACUUGGGGAAUUCAUUUUCAUAUGUGUCUGAAGGAUUUUGUGAGAUUCAAAGGGUAUUCAUGUUAAUGUUAUUCAAAUGAGUACAUGAAUAAACUGUGUCUUUGAUGAUUUGAUGGAAAUAAAGACUUCGGUAUCAUUUAACCAAGAUAUUUUACAAGACUAAUAUUACAACCAUAAGAGUAUUACUGUAACUCGAGCAAGACAUAAUUCUCUCAUAUAUAAAACACUUUCAUCCCAAGACAAAUUAUUUUCUCUUAUAAUCUAAGUCAGACUCACAAACUGAAAAUAUAUUUGUUCUCAAUACUGUACCAAAGUAACUGUCUCACAAACUGAAGAACGAAUGACACUGUCUCAGAAGCACACAAACGAAACAGAAUUCCCGCUACCAAAGCACUUAUUUGACCUAGAGCGUUACGUUAAUGCAUAUAAUGUCAUACACCACAUAUUUAUUCCUACACUUAGUAUAAUUAUCUCAACUGUAUAAUCUACUAUAAUCAUCGUAGGUAAGCCCAGGAGUACUUAACCCCUUGAGUACGAUGGUUUGAUCUCAUGAGUACAGUGUUAUUAUACUAAAGAGAUUUACCCAUGGUAUUCAAAGGGAUAACACAUCGUACUCAAGGGAUUAAGUCACCUUACUCAAAGGAUUAAAUCACCGUACUCAAGGGAUUAAAAUAACACUCCUCAAGCUUAUCUGUCACGACUAUAAACACUUGACAACACAUAUUACACACACCAAUCACCUAACACCGUCAAUCACUAUCACUUGUACUAAAUAAUUAUAUCCUUCAGAAAGUGACUUCAGUAUUUUUAAUAUUAAAAUAUAGAAACGAAAUUAAAUUAUCGUUUUCAAGCCGAAUUUUUGCCUCACACAGUAUAAAGAAAUAUUUUAUACACUAAAUUAUCGUCUCACAUACACUUUAUUGUUCUAGGAAAGGUGACAGCGAACGUAAUACCGAACUAAACCAUGUCUAAGGAACAGGUUAAUCAGUGUCUUAAGAAAAAGCAACGUCAGUAAAUAAUGUCUUGAAGGUACAGAAAUAAUAUGUCUCAGCGUGCAGUCAUAAGCACAGCAAGUUAACGGAAAUGUCAUUAAAACACUACAAUAUUUGACUAAAAUAUCUCAAAACACACCGACAGUUAACGAAAUAAUAACUGGCACAACAAAGAGUUAAUUCGACAAUAUCUCAAGACAGGAGCCGAGGUCCAGAUGAUGCUGAAGACGUAAGCGUUGGACAUUUCAUACUGCAUUGGUCUGAGGUUGGAUGCAGUACGGAAUGUGGAGCUAUGUAUGUAUAACCUGGGCUGCCUGGGAACAAUAUUAAUAAUAAAAGCAAGAGUGUUAA